GGCGGGCGCCACUGUGGUCCGCUCCGGUUACCGGGGCAACGGCGGCGUUUCCUCCGGGUGGGCCGCGAUCGUCUCUCGGCGCCAUUUUCAAACUGCGCUCAGCGCCGGAGCCAUUGGCGGCAGCGGGAGGAGCCGGGGAGGACGGCGGGUCCCCGGGGCGAUGCGCCGCGGGACGGAGCCGGCGGCGGCGGCGGGAACGGCGGGCUUUAAUUUUGGAGAGUGACUAAAUCUGGUUUGGGAGACAAGAUGACCACAGCCGCAGAAAGGAAGUAUGUUAACAUUAGGAAAAGGCUAGACCAGCUGGGCUACCGCCAGACUCUGACGGUGGAGAGCCUGCCUUUGGUAGAAAAGCUUUUCAGCGAUCUGGUCCACACGACAGAGAGCUUGCGACAGUGCAGGCUGACCUCCACCAAGGCCGAGAAGGAAAGUGCCAACUUCGACUUUGUUUUGGAACCGUAUAAACUCGAGAAUGCGAGACUGAGCAGGGAGAAUAAUGAGUUGUAUCUGGAGUUAAUGAAGCUGAGAGAAUACUCAGACCAGCACAUUAAAGAGUUGAAAACUGCAUUGAAAAAGUGUUCACAUGAGACAGCUGAUCUGAAAUUUCUGAAUAAUCAGUACGUCCAUAAGCUCAAACUCCUGGAGAAAGAGAGCAAAGCGAAGAAUGAAAAAAUCCAACAACUUCAAGAAAAGAAUUUACAGGCUGUAGUACAAACUCCCGGUGGCAAGAAAAGAAACAUUGCAUUUAGGCGCCAGCGGAUGCAAAUUGAUGAACCAGCCCCACCCUCUGAGGUCAGUUCGUACCCAGUUCCUCAGCCAGAGGACCCAUACAUUGCGGACCUCCUGCAAGUAGCUGAUAACAGGAUUCAGGAACUUCAGGAGGAAGUCCACCGGCUGCAAGAGAAGUUAGCGCUGAUGGAAAACGGAGUGAGAAAUUACAGCAAACAGAUUGAACUAAGAGAACGAGAAAUAAAACGGCUGUCACUUGCUUUGGAUGGUGGUCGUUCCCCUGAUGUCCUGUCUCUGGAGACUAGAAAUAAAACCAACGAAAAGCUUAUUGCUCACUUAAAUAUUCAGGUUGACUUCCUUCAGCAAGCUAAUAAAGAACUCGAGAAGCACAUUCAGGAACUCAUGGAGACCAAGGAGACGGUGACAAGCGAGGUCGUGAACCUGAGCAACCGAAAUGAGAAGCUCUGCCAGGAGCUGACCGAAAUCGACCAGCUCGCGCAGCAGAUGGAAAGGCAUAAAGAGGAAGUGCUGGAGACCGCGGACAAGGAGCUCGGGGAGGCAAAGAAAGAGAUUAAAAGAAACCUCUGUGAAAUGCGGAACCUUGAGGAAAAACUGUCAAAACUUCAUGUGGAAUUAGACUUAUGCCAUAAGGAAAAGGAGAGACUAAAUGAUGAACUCCUUCUAAAAUCAGACCUGGAAACUGUUGUUCAUCAGCUUGAGCAAGAAAAGCACAGACUUAGCAAAAAAUUGGAUAAUUUUGCAGUCACAGAAAGAGAACUGACUUUGGAAGUUGAGAGGAUGAGGCUAGAACAUGGGAUAACACGUCGAGACAAAUCACCUUCUCGUUUAGACACAUUCCUGAAAGGCAUAGAGGAGGAGCGAGACUAUUACAGGAAAGAGCUGGAGAAACUCCAGCACGUCAUCCAGCGAAGAACUUGUUCUGUAAAUUACUAUGCCCGGGAAAAAAAUCCAACGUUCAAAUGCUCAGAAAAGGGUGAUCACAAUUCAGACAUUCAUCUGAUCACGAGAGAAAGAGAUGAGCUCCAGCGCAUGCUAGAAAGAUUUGAAAAAUACAUGGAGGAUAUACAGUGCAAUGUGAAACUGCUCACAGCAGAAAGGGAUAAACUAAGUGUCUUGUAUAACGAGGCGAAGGAGGAGUUAUCUGCACUAAAACAGGAGUCCACUAACGUGACAGUCUCCAGCAAUCUUGUUAGCUGUAUGGAAAAGGAGAAAGAGCGUGCAUUAUUUGACUUAAGAAGAAUUACAGCAGAAAACGAAGCUCUGAGAGAAAAAUUGGAAAGUAUCCAAGAAAUGAAUGUUUUCGGAAAAUCAGAGUUAGAGAAAACUAUUGAAGAUUUGACAUACAUGAAUCACCAGCUUGAAAAUGAAAAAUAUGAAUUGCAGUCUAAAAUAUUACUAUUGGAAGAGACAGUAGAGUCCCUAGAGAACAUGUCAAAGCUCCAAGCUCAACAGCUUAGCCACGUGACAGGGGACUCCUCUCAUCAGAAAACAGAGAUGAACUCUCUUAGGAUGGUAAACGAUCAGCUACAGCGGUCACUAGAUGACUAUCAGCACCGGCUUGCCCUAAAAAGAGGUGAACUUGAAUCAGCCCAAGAAGAAAUUAAAAUUCUGGAGGAAAAACUAGAGCAACUGAGCCGUAAGAUGGCGUCCCAGAGCGAGGAAACUCAAGCCAUGAAGAAGACCAUUGACGUGAUUGACAAAGAGAAGGACUUCCUCCAGGAGACUGUGGAUGAGAAGACAGAGAAGAUCGCCAGCCUGCAAGACAGCCUCACCAGUAAAGAGAAAACUAUUGCCCAGGUGAAGGUCACAAUCACAGAGUAUGAAACAUCUUUGAGCCAGCUAAAGGACACCUUGGCUAGUCGAGACCGAGAGAUAAGCAGCCUCCGACGGCAGCUGGAUGCAGCUCACAAAGAGCUUGAUGAUGUUGGGAAGUCUAGAGAGAUCUCUUUUAAGGAAAACAGAAGGUUACAAGAUGACCUAGCCACAAUGGCAAGGGAAAACCAGGAAAUCUCCAUGGAACUGGAAGCAGCAGUCCAGGAGAAAGAGGAGAUGAAGAGCCGCGUCCACAAGUACAUCACUGAGGUGUCACGGUGGGAGAGCCUAAUGGCCGCCAAGGAAAAUGAAAACAAAGACUUACUAGAUAGAUUCCAGAUGCUUCACAACCGUGCUGAGGACUGGGAGAUCAAAGCCCAGCAAGCCGAGGGGGAGAAUAGCUCAGUCCGCCUGGAGCUGCUGUCCAUUGACACAGAGAGAAGACACCUGCGGGAUCGAGUGGAUCUCCUAGAGAAGGAGAUCCAGGAGCACAUAAAUGCACACCACGCUUACGAGGCUCAGAUCUCAUCGAUGGCCAAAGCCAUGUCUCGCUUAGAGGAGGAGCUGCGACAUCUUGAAAAUGAGAAAGCAACAGCGUUACACGAUCUGUCAUCUCUCCGGGAACUUUGCAUUAAGCUCGACUCAGGCAAAGACCUCAUGACCCAACAGCUGAAUUCCAGAAGCCUGGAGCUUGAGAGGGCAAUGGCAGAGUUGGAAAAUGUAAAAUCAGAAUCAGAACUGUUAAAAAAACAACUGACGAGUGAGAGACAGACAAUUAAAAAUCUUGAAAUGUUGUUAGCUACAAACAGAGAUAAAGAAUUUCAUUCCCAUUUAACCUCCCACGAGAAGGAGACAGAAAUCCAGCUGCUGAAGGAGAAGUUAAGCCUCUCGGAGAGCAAACUGACUAGCCAGAGCCGAGAAACCUCCAUGCUUCGGACUAAAGUGACACAGUUGCAGGCAGAUUAUGAUAAUCUGAAAAGGCAGAUUUCAAACGAGAGAUAUGAACGAGAACGAGCAAUCCAAGAGGUACGUCGACUUGGUCUUCCUAUGUCACCUCUGAGUUCUACUCUGAGAUCUCCUUUACAGUCCCCUGAACACAUAAAUGCAUAGUCAUCAGGAGAGAGUGGUUUUCAGUGAGUUCCCACGGGAUUUUUAUGAGAGCACAAGAGAAGUGAAAUAUUGAAGCACUUGUUCCUGUGAAUCAUGAACAUGGACACAAAUUCUACCUCUGUCAGCCUUUAUUUAAAUCAGUGGAUAUUUAUGUAAAAAUGUUUAGUUUAAAAGAGUCCUACAUGUAUAUUUUCAUAUAUGUGAAAAAAGAAAAUAUGUAUUAAUAAUAGUGCUUAACUGAUGUGAUAUGUGUAUUUUUAUUAUUCCCAACUAAAAUUGCUUCUUAAAAUGUU